GAGUACGGCUGUGGCCUUGCGCCCCUGGGCGAGUAUAGAGUCGGAAUCCACGUCGGCGCGAUCUUCAUCAUCCUCAUCGCCUCUGCGCUCGGCGUCGGCUUGCCCAUCGUUUUGCAACGCCACCCCGACGCAGCUGCGAGGUCCUCGACGGGCUUUCUCAGCAAGGUCAUCUCUGAGUCCUUCUUCGUCCUCAAGCACGCCAGCUACGGCAUCAUUGUGGCGGUGUGCUUCGUCCAUCUGCUCAUUCACGCCUUCAUCUAUCUCGGCAACGAAUGCGUGCAGCCCCUCGCCUACGAAGCUACAGCAGCAUCCAUCACCAUGGGUGGCGUCCUCUUUGUCUUCAUUGUCGACUUUUUGCUCCUUCAUUCUAUUCGUCGCAAGGCUGCCCAGGCACAAGACGCUGUGACGCAGGCUCAUUCCGCCUCGGCUUCACCUACCAAGGGCGAAGUUGCCGAAUGUGGCAUCCUCGACCCGGAAGCCACUGGCUCGAUAGGCGAUGAGACGCUCGCAGAAGAUGUGCGACAGGCAAAGGCCAAUAUGCAAGUCUUCGAGCUUCUUAUCUUCGAGCUUUCCAUCCUGCUGCACUCGGUCAUUAUCGGAGUCACGCUCGGAGCUUCGGACGGCUCUGGUUGGUCCACGCUGCUCAUCGCCGUAGUUUUUCACCAGCUGUUCGAAGGGUUCGCGCUCGGAGCACGCAUUGCGGAGCUCCCUCAUCGGGUCGGUGGUCCGCUCAAGAAGUUCCUCAUGGCGACCGCCUUUGCGCUUAUCACGCCCGUGGGUAUCGCAAUCGGCAUGGGGAGCCGAUACUCGUGGAAUCCCAACGACCGCAGUACAUUGCUGGUGAUGGGCAUCCUCCAAUCCAUCAGCGCCGGUGCCCUGCUCUGGAGCGCGCUCGUCGAAAUGAUCGCGGGCGACUAUCUCUACGGACCCAUGGCCCGUGCCAGCCUUGGCCGCGGUAUGGUCGGGAUUAUCUCGCUGCUGAUUGGUGCUGUGCUGAUGAGUGUGCUGGCGCAAUGGGCAUGA